AUGUUCAUCCUCGCCUAUCUCGGGAUCAUACUCGCCCUGGGGUUGGCUUACUUGACCAUCGACACCAUUUAUAGCUGGUACCGCUUGCGACAUGUCCCUGGUCCCUUCAGCGCUGGCUUCUCAAAAUGGUGGCUCUUCAAGCAUACCUGGAAUGGGACCCUGUAUCUCGAGUCGGCUGAACAAUGCUUCAAGCACGGCUCACUGGUCCGUAUUGGACCCAAUGACCUGAUUACGAACGAUCCCGACAUCUUGAAGCGAAUGGGUGCGCCCAGGUCUCCGUACCGUAGGUCCGAGUGGUACAAUGCGCUUCGCGUCGACCGUGAGAAUAUCCUGUCCGAGAGAAACGAGGAGAGACAUGCCAUGCUCCGCAACAAGAUGGCAGCUGGAUAUGCAGGCAAGGAAAAUCCCACGCUUGAACAGGGUAUAGACGAUUGCAUUGCGAAACUAGUAGACCUUAUCGAACGGAAAUAUGUCUCCACUGUGGAAGAAUUCAAGCCCCUCGACUUUGCGCGCAAAGCUCAGUACCUGACCCUGGAUGUCAUUGCCGCCGUCGCAUUCGGUGGGCCGUUUGGUUUCUUGGAGAAGGAUGAGGACGUGUUCAAGUACAUCGAGACGACUGAAAAGACAAUCCCGGCCAUGAUCCUCUGUGCGGCCUUUCCGUGGCUGUCGAUUCUGUUUCAAUCACCACUGCUGAAGUUCCUGAUGCCAAAGGAUACUGACGUGUAUGGGCUGGGUAGGAUUAUGGGAACGGCAAGAGAGGUGGUCCAUGAGAGACUCCAACCAGAUGCAAAGGACCGGAUGGACAUGCUAGGGUCGUUCCUUCGCCAUAACCUCAGUAAAGAAGAUGCUGAGACGGAGGUCAUGGUGCAGAUCCUAGCCGGCAGCGACACCACGGCUGGCUCCAUCCGUGCAACGAUGCUCCACCUCCUCACAAACCCACCUGUCCUUGCAAAACUGCUGGCUGAGAUUCAAAAUGCAGGCGUUUCUGAUCCAAUCCAAGAUUCGGAAGCCCGCAAGCUGCCAUAUCUCCAGGCCGUGAUCAAGGAAGGUCUGCGCAUCCACCCACCGGUGACAGGUCUCCAGUCCAAGGAGGUCCCUCCUGGGGGUGACACGCUCAAUGGGUACUAUGUGCCAGCUGGUACGAAGAUUGGAUCCUCUGCUUGGGGAGUUUUCCUCGAUCCAGGCUUGUGGGGUCCUGAUUCGAGAGUGUUUCGGCCCGAGCGGUUUCUGGAAGGUACACCAGAUGAGAUCAGACGCAAGGAAAUCGACAUCGAGGGCAUCUUCGGCUACGGCAGAUCGUCGUGCCUCGGAAAAAGCGUUGCCGUGAUUGAACUAAACAAGGUGUUUGUUCAGCUACUCCGGAAGUUUGAAUUCACCAUUGUCAAUCCUCAGCAACCAUGGAAAUCCUUUAGUGCAGGUGUCUUCAUCGUAAGCGACAUGUGGUUGAGAGUCACCAAGAGAGAACCGCCACUUUGA